AGCUCACACUUGGCUCACUCCUCUCCACCAAAAACGAGGAAAGAAAAAAAAAAAAAAAAAAACCAAAAGCAAUUAUUCAGCCACACUCACUCUCCUCCGCUCCAAAUCCUCUGAUGAGUCACGAAUUCCGAUUUCAGUCCUAACUAACUUGUUUGACCUCCGGUCAACAUGGCGUCGGUGUCGCCAUCUCCGUCUUGUUCCACCAUACGUACGCCAGUUCGACGCUCGUCACGCCCAACCUUCGCCGUUGCUGAAUUGAGGCGACUAAAACAAAGAAGAGCUAUACCACGUGUUUCCGUCGGUCUCGGCCACGUCGCCGACGUUGUACGCCACGACGUUGAGUUCCUGAAGAAUAAAAUCGGAAUCGGAAUCCGGUGGGCGAACGAGGCUUUCCGUGUCCCGGAAGUGACCAAAACCGCCGAGGAACUGUUCUGGCUCCGGCAUCUUGAGGAACCCGCUUCUCCGCCUUUAGAGCCACGAUCUUGGCCUCAACCUUCAUACUCAGGGCUCACUGGGGUGGACUUGUUCAUGGCUGAUGUCAAAGCCUUGGAGGCAUAUGCUGGCUACAUUUACUGUCUUUCUAAGAUGUGGUCAAGACCACUUCCUGAGGUUUAUGAUCCACAAGCUGUUGCGGAUUACUUUAAUUGCAGACCACAUGUUGUUGCCUUUAGGCUCCUGGAGGUAUUUUCUGCGUUCAUGAUUGCUGCCAUUAGAUUAAGGACAUCAGACAAGGGCAAAAGUUUGGAAGCUUCAGGGCAGAAUUUUGGGAUGGUGUUGAAAGAAACCAUGCUACAUUUGGGCCCCACUUUCAUCAAAGUUGGUCAAUCCCUUUCCACAAGGCCAGAUAUCAUUGGGACUGAAAUCACCAAGGCACUAUCUGAACUGCAUGACAGAAUCCCUCCCUUUCCCUGGCCGGAGGCUGCAAAAAUCAUUGAAGAGGAAUUAGGGGCACCUGUUGAAUCAUUAUUUAGCCAGUUCUCUCAAGAAACUGUAGCAGCAGCAUCCUUUGGUCAGGUCUACCGAGGAAGAACUCUCGAUGGAUUAGAUGUUGCUGUGAAAGUUCAGCGUCCUGAUCUGAGACAUGCAGUGCUACGCGACAUUUACAUUCUGCGACUUGGGUUGGGUGUAUUGCGAAAGAUAGCAAAGAGAGAAAGUGACAUUCGUGUAUAUGCUGAUGAGCUUGGAAAGGGUUUGGCUGGAGAAUUGGACUUUACUUUAGAGGCUGCCAAUGCCACUGAAUUUCGGGAAGCUCACUCACGAUUUUCCUAUAUCCGGGUUCCAAAAGUGUAUCAACAUCUAACCCGGAAAAGAGUGUUGACCAUGGAAUGGAUGGUUGGUGAAAGCCCAACCGAUUUGCUCUCAAUAUCUACUAAUUACUCUGAUAAUGACUUUCAAAGUCAUGAGAGGGAAAAAAUGGAAGCGAGAAGACGUCUUCUUGAUCUGGUAAACAAAGGUGUAGAGGCAACUCUAGUACAACUCCUUGAUACGGGUAUAUUGCAUGCAGAUCCACAUCCUGGAAACUUGCGUUACACGGCAUCAAGACAAAUAGGGUUUUUGGACUUUGGUUUAGUUUGUCGGAUGCAAAGAAAACACCAGCUUGCCAUGCUCGCAUCAAUUGUGCAUAUCGUGAAUGGUGAUUGGGCCUCUCUUGUUGAAGCAUUGACUGAUAUGGAUGUCAUCACGACAGGGGUCAAUACGCGUCGUUUUACGAUGGAUCUGGAAUAUGCGUUGGGAGAGGUUGAACUUAAAAACGGGAUUCCUGAUAUCGAGUUCACCAAGGUGCUUAGUAAUAUACUCAAAGUGGCCCUGAACUAUCAGCUACGCAUGCCACCAUACUUCACACUUGUCCUGCGUUCUCUUGCUUGCUUGGAAGGUUUGGCUGCAGCUGGAGAUCCAAAUUUCAAGACAUUUGAGGCUGCAUACCCUUUUGUGGUUCAAAAACUCCUCACUGAAAAUUCAGCUGCGACAAGGAAAAUUCUUCAUUCGGCAGUCCUUAACCGAAAGAAGGAAUUUCGAUGGGAAAGGGUUGCUCUUUUCCUGAGUAAAAGUUCUGCGAGGAAGGGUUCGCCACUGGUAACAUCAUCAAGGGAUGAAACUUCUGUUCUUAGCAGUUCAAAUCGAACGAACAGAGAGGUUGACACUGUAAGUUUGGUCCUGAGGCUUUUGGGAUCCAAAGACGGUGUGGUUCUUAGAAGACUCUUGAUGGCUGCGAACGGGACUUCACUGAUCCGGACAUUUAUUUCAAGAGAUGCACGUGUCAUCCGGAAGAAACUUUGCACAACAAUUGCAGAUACACUGUACCAAUGGAUGGUCGGGAUCUUCGGAAUCAAUUCCCUUAAAUUCAUCUCUCUCUCAGACCCACCACCAUCUUCAGGAACCAACAUUACAGUAGAAGAUUUCAAGACUUUAAUCAGAGACAAACGUGUCAGAGUGAUACUAAGAAAGAUACUGGAAUCUGCAAAGAGUGAUCGAGUGUUGGCGCUCAGAUUCUGCUGGACAUCCUUUGUCAUGUUUCUCACCACCACUGCUCUUGCUUGCCAUCGGUUUGUGAUCUCGGUCUCUGAAGGUUACAUCAACUACUUAUCUCUGUCUGCUCCAGUCGCACUUCGUACCUGAACAUCUCACACCGACACAGAACCAAAAAACAUCUGAUGUAUAUUGUUGUGAAGCCAAGGAUUCCUUAAGUCAAAAGGGUGAGAUUUCAUAGAAAGACUCAAGAUUUUAGUGUAAAGAUUUUGCUCCAUGUCUAAUACUAUCAGACAAUCAUUGUCACAGAUGUAAUGAUAUGACCAUAUGUGUUACUCUUACAAAGUUGUACAAGCAUAAUAUUCAAGACAAUCUAGAUCCUUUUGCUCAGCUUUAAGAACACAAAGACAGACUUGUUCACAACUUCUGGC